AUGGGUGUUGGUCCUUCUUCCUCAUUAGGGUCGAGUGUGUCUUCUAUGGGUGUUGGUCCUUCUUCCUCAUUUUCUUCUUCUAGAGCUUUGGUUCGUAGUGGUAGUAUUUCCCUCCAAACUAUUAAUAAAAUUCCACGUCUUGAGGAUUCUAAUAUAUGUUCUGUUGAUGAUGAUUCCGAUAAUUGUUCGAUUAUAUCAUAUCGUAGUUCUCGUGGUGUAGGUCGUCCAAAAAAUAUUCGUAAAUGUGGAAGACCACGAAAAAUUUCCAACUUUACAUCCGAUAAUGCUUCCUAUAAUAAUUAUAUAAGUGAAAAUUUUGUUGAAGAUAAUGCAGUCCUCUUUCAUGAGAGUGACUCGGAUUCUUCUGUUAGUUUAACUUUUUGUAGUUCUCGCGGGAAAGAAUGUCCUGAAGAACAAGCUGAAAGAGGUGCAGAUAGACCUAAAAAUAUAACUGAGCAUAUUAUGCCAGACGAAGGUGUUAUUGUUAAUGAACAACCUGUUUUGUUUUUAGCCCCAGAUCCGCCAAUUCGUCGUUCAGAACGAAUUAGAAAUCGAUCUUCUAUCAUUCCAUCACCAAUAAUGCAAGAUAUGCCUUCUUGUAUUUUAAAGAAUCCUAUUAGAAACCGUUGUACUCUGCGUCAUAAAGAAUUCCCAUGUGCUGAUGUUAGAGCUAAUCACACAGCAGAGUAUUAUGACUCUGGCACUUUUGGAUCCUCCGCUGUUUGUUAUUAUUGCAAGGCAUUGUUGUUGGAGUCCGAAGUUAAUUUAAACCACAAAUAUAAAUUUAAAGUUGUCUCUUCCUCGCAUUGUUGUCGUUGUGGAAAAGUAACUCUUCCUCCAUACAACGAACAUCCACAGAUUUUGAAAGAUCUCUUAAAAGGAGAUACAAAGAUCUCUAAAGAAUUUCUCGCCAAUGAAAAUGUUUAUAAUUCCUUACUAGCCUUUGGAUCAAUUUCUGUCGGCCAUAAAGACUCCUCUUUAUAUGGAGCCACAAGCUUUUUGUUAAAUGGUGAAUUUGUAAGACGCAUAAGUUCUAUGUUUUCAGGAAACUUAACCCCAUCCUUUUCCCAGUUAUAUAUAUUAGAUGCUAAUGAUGCUCUUGAAUUACGUAAAAAUGAUUCUAAAUAUGGCGGUGAUAGAGUAAACCCUCAAACCCUAAAGAAGUUAGAUGCCCUUUUACGGGCUAUUCACCCAUUUGCUUUAGAGUAUAAAAAUUUCCAUUCACAAUACCAAACUAUUCUCAAAAGAGACGGACCUGAUGCCGUCAGGAAAUUUCGAUUUACAAUUUUAGAGGAACGCUCUGUUCCUGACCCAAUUAAGGAUAAAAGCGCACACCCGCGUCAAGUUAAUCUUCCUUAUGAAAAAUCACUGUUUUCCGUUUGGACAGAGUCCGAUGAACCACCACAAGUUAAGGGAGUUUUUAUCACUGAUCUAAAAGGUUCACUCUUUGAAGUCAAACCACAUAACCCCUUGACCGAUACCAUUUUUUAUCCUUUACUUUUUCCUCAUGGAGAUGAUGGUUGGCAUAACAAUAUUCCUUAUAGGAUUAUGACUGACAAAUCAAAAAAUAAUAAUCAAUCAAAAAAUAAUAAUGACGAGUUAUCUGACGAAGACAUUCCUCCUUCUGACGAUGAAAUUAAUGAUGCCCCUGAGAAUGAACCAACUAUUUCUAAAAGAGAUUAUAUUCGUUAUCGGCUUGCGCUCCGUAAGAAUGAUAUUUGCCAUAAUAUAUGGUCAGCAGGCGGAGGCCUCAGCCAAAAAAUAACUCUUGAUUAUGCAGCAAGAAUCGAUGCUGAUGUUGCCAAUUAUUUACGCAAGCCCCAAUUAAAUUUGCGUUCAACUGUAGCACCAGACUUUCUCAAACAUAUUGCUAAAGGAGGAAAUAUUGAUAAUGUCGAAGAUAUUACGAGUGUAGUUUUGUUUAGAAAACAUAAUCCUGGAACUCGACCCUAUUUUCAGGACAUGUUUUAUGAUGCCACAACCAUCAUGGCACGAACUCGCAAGCCAAAUUGUGCAUCAUUUAUGUUAACAUUUACCACCAACCCGCGAUGGCCAGAAAUUUCCAAAAAUUUCUUGCAUAAAGGCCAGAAAUUAGUUGACCGUUUCGAUGUUAUCUGUCGUAUAUACACCGACAAAAUGAAAAAACUCCACAACCUUCUUGAUAAAAAGCAUAUUUUUGGUAAAAUCCUCGGAUAUGCUGAAAGCAUGGAAUUUCAAAAAAGAAUAGGAGGUCCGCAUCUUCAUAGAGUCUUCACUAUUGAUAGAGAAGCUACAGCUGAAAAUAUUGAAAAUCUAAUAUGGGCUCAUAUUCCUCCGGAACCAAAUGCUUCAGACAAAUCAGAUUGGGCCAAUUUUAUUAGAAAGGUUCGCGAACUGCUACCAAAGUUCCAGCUUCAUGAUUGUUCUGAUCAUUGUAGAGGAACAAAUGGACGUUGUAUGAAAGGUUUUCCCAAGCCUUAUAGCCGACAAACUAUUUUACAUGACGAUAAGCCUGCAGAAUAUAAACGCCCAAGUCCUAAAGAUGGCGGAGAGAUAUUAAAGAUUACGCGCGACUCCAUCGAAAUUGAGUACGAUAAUCGACAUGUAGUACCUUAUAAUCCUUUAAUUAUGGUCAUGUUCCAAUCCCACCAUAAUUUAGAAUUUUGUUACGGUCAAUCAGAUAAUUUAAAAUAUGCUUUAAAAUACCCUUUCAAAGGUCCAAGCUUUUCUUAUAUUAAAUGCGCUGAUAGUAACAAAAUUUCAAUUGACGAACCUGCACAAUAUGCAAAAAUGCUUUAUAGAAGUCCAUCAGAAGCUUAUUGUAGAAUCCAAGGCAAUAGAUAUGCGUAUCUUUCUCAUACUGUAAUUCCACUCUCUAUUCAUUUGCCGGGUUUGCAAAAAAUUGUUUUUCCUCCUGAAUCCAAAAAAAUUAAAUUAAAACCUGUGACAAAAGGUGUGCUCCCUGAAACACCCCUAACUUCAUACUGGAAGUUAUGGAGAACAGACCAGUCAGUUCAACAUAUUCUUUUUGAAAAUAUGCCUGAAACAUACUCAAUCGAUCCCAAAUUUAAGACCUGGAAAAAAAGGAAUCUUUCCACUAAUGAACGAAGAAUACAAGAUCGUAAACCAGUUUUCGGUAGAAUUUAUCCAGUUUCACCUAGAGAAAAUGAAAAAUUCGCUCUUUAUGUCCUUAUGAGACAUUUCCCUGGUGAUCCAGAUCAUCUUAAAAAUGUUAAUGGAACUAUUUGUGAUACAUUUGCAGAUGCAGCUCGUCUGCGUGGUCUUUUUGAAGAUAAUGCUAUAUGGCAACGAACUCUAAGUGAUGCUUCUACCUCCCUUAUGCCUUCACAAAUGCGUCAGCUAUUUGUUAAUAUUCUUCUCCACGGCUCUACACAAGACUGUAUAAUUGAUUCUAAACAGUUAUGGGAAAUGUUUAAAGACAAUAUGUAUGAUAAAAGAUGCACAGACGCACAAAAACCAGGUCGUAUUGACAGAGCAUUAGCUAUUAUUGAAAGAUAUCUUUUUGCAAAUGGCAAGCAAAUGAAAGAUUAUCAUCUUCCCCUACCUACAAAUUCUUUAUCUGAUGACCCCAAUAAGGCUGUUGACGAAUUUUUCUUUCCCCAAGAUGUAUAUGAUGAUGAUGUAGAUGAGACAGUUGAUAAUUCGUUCUUUGAAAGUGCAAAGUUAAAUACAGAACAAAAUAAUUUCUAUAAAUUAGUCCUCGAUGCAGUCAUGAAUCCAAACUCUAAACAGCGUUUGUUCUUUCUCUCCGGUGACGGAGGAACCGGAAAAACGUUUUUAUUGAAUUUUAUUUUAUUUAAUUUACGUCGCUUAGGAAAUAAAAUCCUUGCAACAGCUUCAACAGGUAUUGCAGCUACUAAAUUUUAUGCAGGCGGAAUGACCCUACAUUCUGCAUUUAGAUUUGGCAUUACUCAUGAGAUAGGCAAAAUUCCAAGUAUUCCUUUUGGAAGCUAUUUUGGUCGCCGAAUAAUUGAAAGUAACCUUAUAAUUAUCGAUGAGAUUACAAUGAUUGAAAAAACAGUGAUUGAGAAUGUCGAUAAACUCUGUCGCACUAUGGUUCCUCAAAAUAGGAAUUUACCUUUUGCAGGAAAGGUUGUUAUCAUUUCCGGUGAUUGGAAACAAUCGCUUCCUGUUGUAAAAAAUUCCCCUUCACCCGAAGCACAGGUGGCAGUUUCCCUUCAAAGCUCGCAUCUUUAUCCUCUGUUUAAUAAGACUCGUCUUACACAGAAUAUGCGUCUCCAGUCCUCUGAAGUACAGUUCAAAGAGUGGCUAUAUAGACUCGGAACAGAUACAUCCGGUGUAAAAAUAGUCAUCCCAAAGUCUAUGAUUGUUGAAACAAAAGAAGAAUUAAUAGAAUUUGUUUUUGAUAAAGGCUUUGACAUUCCAAGUUCCGAUAUGCUUAAGAGACUUAUGCUCGCCCCUUUAAAUAGAUCUGUUGAUCUAAAUAAUUCUUUAGUUCUGUCUUCCUUUGAUACUGAAUCUAUUGACUAUUAUUCAAUUGAUAAGUGCACUAAUGAAAAUCCACUUUCUCCUUAUGUUGCUGACUCUGACGUAGCAGCGCUUAAUAAACUUACCCCAGGUGGUUUGCCAGCCCACCAUAUACAUCUUAAAGUAGGUUCAAUUAUCGUACUUCUUAGAAAUCUGAAUACAAGCAAAUCAUUAUGUAAUGGUACCCGUCUUAUAGUCAAAAAACUUCAAACGAAUUUAAUUUCAGCUGAAACCAUUAGUGGUUCAAAUAAUGGUAUGACAAUUGGAAUUUCUCGUGUCUGUAAUUCCUAUAUUGAUGAAAGUCCAGACGGUGUUAGUUUUGAACGUUUUCAAUUCCCCGUUCGUGAAGCUUUUGCCAUGACCAUAACUAAGGCUCAAGGUCAAACUUGCGAAAGACUUGGAAUUGAUCUGACAGACGAGCCAUUUGCUCAUGGACAACUAUAUACUGCAUUAUCGCGUGCUACAAAUAGUAAAUUUAUAAAAGUCUUCGCCCCGAAUAAACCCAAAGACGACGAAGGUAAUGUCCUCAUUCAUAAUGUCGUAGCUCGUGGUCUUACCUUUGAUUAG